UUUUUAAUUCUCCCACACUUUCCCAUCAUCCAAACACUCCUAUGCCUUUUUCAUAUUCUCAUAUAUAAACCCAUCCCUUAAGAGUUUUAGUGAGAAAAAGAAAAAAAAAAAAAAAAAAAAGAAGAAUCAAUGAGUGGUUGUGGGAAGUUAGAAGUGAUUCUUAGGGUUUUGGGAUUUUUGUUGAGUUUGGUGGCAGCCAUUGUUGUGGGAGUUGACAAAGAAACAAAGGUUGUUCCCGUUACUAUCUCCUCCAAUCUUCCUCCUUUUCCGAUUGUCGUGGUUGCUAAAUGGCGUUAUCUGUCUGCUUUUGUGUAUUUCUUCGCAACAAAUGUAAUAGCAAGUUUGUAUGGAUUGUUAUCGCUGAUGCUUACAUUAAGCAACAAGAAUGGAAGCAAUAAUGUGUUAACUUUACUGGUCAUCGUUCUCGACACCGUGUCGGUGGCGCUGCUCUCCUCCGGCGCAGGAGCCGCCAUGGCCAUCGGAGUUAUAGCGUAUGAGGGGAACUCGCACGUGCGGUGGAACAAAGUGUGUGAUACAUUUGGUAAAUUUUGCAAGCAAGUGGCCGCUUCGGCCCUUCUCUCUCUCGCCGGCGCCAUCGUAUUUUUGUUGCUCGUUAUAUUGGCUCUUGUGGGCCUACUCAAGAGGCCCAAAUAAAUGGGCUUUCGGCCCACCUUUUACAAAAAAAAAAAAAGAAAGAAAGAAGAAGAAGAAGGGUUAUUAUUAUAUUAGUGUGUAUAUAUUGUUUAAAAUAAAGAUUUGAGUUUAGGAUAAUACAAAUGUCUAAAGUGGUUAUUAUGUUAUUA